CGGCGUUGACAAUUUUUUCACGCACUUUGUUGACGACGAUGGCUCGUGGUGACCGCAGAGAAUGGACCCCGCCGCCACAGGUUGAAGCAAAGCCCAAAGGUGAAGUCAACUACCACAUGUACGCUCCUCUGCUGUACGGUCCCAUGAUCCCCUUGAUCCGCAUUGGCCUGCGCGGACGACUGCCGCAGAAGCAAAUCGACGCCAUUUUCCUGACCUCGGUUGGGCUUGCACUAUCGCAUGCGGGAUAUGUCAUGUUUUCCGACUCAAGCGUGUAGUAGACUAACAUAAGACGGUUGCAUGUGAAUUCGUUAUGACGAGGGUGCAUGCGCCUCACCAAUGUGACGUUUGUGGGCAUUUACAACGUGGUUGCUGGUUGUCCUCCAAAACUUUGAGCUCACAGAAUCGUCCAUUGCCA